AUGCCUAUGUCUGAUAAUGUUUCUCCAGAAUUCACUCCAGAAUUCACUCCAGAAUUCACUCCAGAAUUCACUCCAGAAUUCGCUCCAGAAUUCGCUCCAGAAUUUACUCCAGAAUUCACUCCAGAAUUCACUCCAGAAUUCACUCCAGAAUUCACUCCAGAAUUCACUCCAGAAUUCACUCCAGAAUUCACUCCAGAAUUCACUCCAGAAUUCGCUAUAUCUUAUCAUGUUCAUCACUUGAUUUGCUGUCGGCCAUCGAUUAGUUUUUUAUGUCCAUUUGGAUGA